AUGGAGGGAGCGUUCCGCGGCUGGGAGCUGGCGCACGCCGUGCUGCUGCUGAGCCUCGUCCCCGCAGGUGUUUCACUGCCCCAUGAAGAAUCCUCACUGGUUGUGAACAAAGGAGAGGAAUUAAGGCUGAGGUGCAACGAGGAGGGACCUGUGACUUGGAAUUUCCAGAACUCAGACCCAUCAGCAAAAGCAAGGAGCUCCAAUGAAAAGGAGUGGUACACCAAAAAUGCAACAGUCAGAGACAUAGGCAGAUAUGAAUGCAAAAGCAAAGGGAACACUGUCACCUCUUUCUAUGUUUUUGUUAAAGAUCCCAACGUGCUCUUCCUUGUCGACUCCCUGAUCUAUGGGAAGGAAGACAGUGACAUCCUGCUGGUGUGCCCACUAACAGACCCACAUGUUUCCAAUUUCACCCUGAGAAAAUGUGAUGGCAAACGCCUCCCCAGGAACAUGACCUUCAUUCCCAAUCCUCAGAAAGGCAUCGUCAUAAAGAAUGUCCAGAGGUCCUUCAAGGGCUGCUACCAGUGCUUGGCCACGCACAAUGGAGUGGAAAAGAUAUCAGAGAACAUUUUCCUGAAUGUCAGGCCAGUUCACAAAUCCCUUCCUGUCAUCACCUUAUCCAAAAGCUAUGAGCUUCUCAAAGAAGGGGAAGAGUUUGAAGUGACCUGCAUCAUCACAGAUGUGGACAGCAGUGUGCAAGCUAGCUGGAUUGCUCCAAAACAUGGGAUUGUUAGAAGCAAAAGCCGAAAUUUGGGUGAUUAUGGCUACGAAAGCAAAUUAACAUUGAACAUCCGUUCAGUGGGAGUUAAUGAUUCUGGAGAAUUCAUGUGCCAAGCAGGAAACCCUUUUGGAAAAACCAAUGCCACAGUGACCUUGAAAGCAUUAGCUAAAGGAUUUGUCCGUUUGCUUGCAACAAUGAACACCACAAUAGAUAUAAAUGCAGGACAAAAUGGGAAUUUGACAGUUGAAUAUGAGGCAUAUCCCAAGCCAAAGGAAGAAGUCUGGAUGUACAUGAAUGAAACACUGCAGAAUUCAUCAGACCAUUAUGUCAAGUUCAAGACUGUGGGCAAUAACAGCUACACAAGUGAACUUCACCUCACCCGAUUAAAAGGAACAGAAGGAGGCAUUUACACGUUUUUUGUGUCCAACUCGGAUGCCAGCUCCUCUGUAACAUUUAAUGUCUAUGUGAAAACAAAACCAGAGAUCCUCACUCUGGAUAUACUUAGCAAUGGUCUCCUCCAGUGUGUAGCAGCUGGAUUCCCAGCCCCAACCAUCUACUGGUAUUUCUGCCCAGGAACUGAGCAGAGGUGUUUCAAUUCACCAACCAUAUCCCCCAUGGAUGUCAGAGUCAGCUACAGCAACUCCUCAGUGCCAUCCUUUGAGCGGAUCCUGGUGGAGAGCACCGUCAACGCCAGCGCCUUCCGGAGCACCGGCACCGUCUGCUGCGAGGCCUCCAGCAACGGUGACCGCAGCUCCGCCUUCUUCAACUUUGCCAUUAAAGAACAAAUCCGUACCCACACGCUUUUCACCCCCUUACUGACUGCCUUUGGAGUGGCUGCAGGGCUGAUGUGCAUCAUAGUGAUGGUCAUGGUGUACAUCUAUUUGCAGAAACCUAAAUAUGAAGUCCAGUGGAAAGUUGUUGAAGAAAUAAAUGGCAACAACUAUGUUUACAUAGACCCAACACAGCUUCCUUACGACCACAAGUGGGAAUUUCCCAGAAACCGGCUGAGUUUCGGUAAAACCCUUGGUGCUGGAGCUUUUGGAAAAGUGGUUGAAGCCACUGCUUAUGGUCUCUUCAAAUCUGAUGCUGCUAUGACAGUGGCAGUAAAGAUGCUGAAAACAAGUGCCCAUUUAACAGAAAGAGAAGCCUUGAUGUCAGAGCUGAAAGUGCUGAGUUACCUUGGAAACCACAUUAAUAUUGUGAAUCUGCUGGGAGCCUGCACUGUUGGAGGUCCCACUCUGGUCAUUACAGAAUAUUGCUGCUAUGGUGAUCUGUUAAAUUUUCUCAGAAGGAAACGAGAUUCAUUUAUUUGUCCCAAACAUGAAGAGCAUGCAGAAACAGCAGCUUAUGAGAACCUCCUGCAUCAGGCUCAGCCUGCAGCGGAUGCUGCCAACGAGUACAUGGACAUGAAACCAGGAGUGUCCUAUGCAGUCCCUCCAAAAGCUGAGAAAAAGAGGCCAGUGAAGUCUGGAUCCUACACUGAUCAGGAUGUUACCUCUUCUAUGCCAGAAGAUGAUGAACUUGCUCUAGAUGUGGAAGACUUGCUAAGCUUUUCUUACCAGGUGGCAAGGGGCAUGAGUUUCCUGGCCUCCAAAAAUUGCAUUCACAGGGAUCUGGCUGCAAGAAACAUUCUUCUCACCCACGGUCGGAUCACCAAAAUCUGUGACUUUGGCCUGGCAAGAGACAUAAGGAAUGACUCCAAUUAUGUGGUCAAAGGAAAUGCUCGGCUUCCUGUCAAGUGGAUGGCUCCUGAAAGCAUUUUCAAUUGUGUCUACACCUUUGAGAGUGAUGUCUGGUCUUAUGGAAUACUGCUGUGGGAGCUCUUUUCUUUAGGAAGCAGCCCGUAUCCAGGGAUGCCUGUGGACUCCAAGUUCUACAAAAUGAUCAAGGAGGGCUACAGGAUGUUCAGCCCUGAGUGUGCCCCACCUGAAAUGUAUGACAUAAUGAAGAGCUGCUGGGAUGCUGACCCUUUGCAGAGGCCAACCUUCAAACAAAUUGUACAGCUGAUAGAGCAGCAGCUUGCAGAUAAUGUCCCACGGGUGUAUGCAAACUUCUCCACUCCAGCUUCCAGCCAAGGCAACGCCCCUGACCACUCGGUGAGGAUUAACUCUGUGGGCAGCAGCGCUUCGUCUACUCAGCCUCUCCUGGUGCGUGAGGAUGCUUGA